UCGGACUGACUAGAUAACUCGUCCGCCACAACAAUCGAAUAACGCAUUGGCGAAAUUAAAUCAAAAUCAUUAGACUAUUUCGACCGGACGGACAGUCACCUCAGUAGAGACGGUACAGAAAGCGACAGUGCCGUUUAACGUCCCGUCUCGCGCGCGCACACACACACACAAACACAUACACACACGCUCACAAACACACGCACACACACAUACACACCGACCCCCCGACAUAUCCACGCGCAGUCAGGACCGCCGCUGCGCGCCGGCUGGAAAACCGAAGCGAGCUGCAAAGCAAGCAGUCUGUGUGUUGGAAGUCGCGUGCUGCCUCGCCUGCACGGGAGUCCGCGAAAGAGGAGUGUACAUGUCUGCAUGCGUCUGACUGUGCACCAAAAAGAGAGGAACGCUGUGGAUUGUUUGGCGUGGAUGGGCGAAGGUAGAGGGAUACACAACAACGCACAACACAACUGCCUCUUCCCAUCUUGGACUCGGUGAAGCCGGCCUAUCUGUUGCCCCCAUCCCAUAGAGACGGUCGUCUAGGCGACCACAGCACUGAAGGGGCGGGCUGCCGCUGGACUGGAAUACGUGGGCACUAUGACCCAGGAGGGCCAGAGUGACCCACCGGUGCUGGAGACCCCCGCAGAGGCUGAGCUGAACCCGAGCCUGGCCCAGGAGAGAGAGCCUGAACCGGGCCACAAGGAUCCGAGCGCUGGGGAGGAGGCUGGAUCUCCACCAGCUGAGUCACCCAGUCCAGACACAGGGGCUGAUGGGACUGUGGAGGACUGCACGGCAGAGGGGGAGAGAGAGGGUGAGAGCGGACGAAAGGAAGAGGAGGAUAAGGUGAUGAAUGGAGGAGAGGAGGAGCAAGAGGAGAGAGGAGAGGAAGAGGAGAGAGGAGAGGAAGAGGCAGAAAAGGACAAGGAAGAGGAGGAGAGCAGGUGUGCAGACCCAGAGACAGACGCUGUAGAAGAACACACUGACCAGCCGGACACACACACAGAUGAGCCCGCAAAGAGCGCUGCGAACAGGAUGAUGGACGAGGUCAGUCGGACAGAAGGAGAAGAGGAGGAGAAAAAAGAGGAGGAGAAGGAAGAGUGUGACACCUUCAGCGCCACAUUUGAGUGCUCUGUGGAGGACGCUGACACAGAGGUGGAGGACGAAGAGGAGGAGGAGGGAGGAGGAAGAGAAGAACAGAGCAGAGCAGUAGAAGGAGAGAGGAAGGUGGAGGAGGAGGAGGAAGAGGAGGAAGGCGGAGGAGAGGAGGGGACAGAACACCCGAACCAGGACACUUUCAGCUCGGCUUUUGAACUCAUUGUGGAGCAGGUAUCCGGGGCAACGGAGGAGGAGGAGGAGGAUGGAGAGGUGCGGGAGAGAAGAGUGAGUGUGAGAGAGGGGGAUGAGGAGGACGAGUGUGAUGGCGGAAACGACGAGGAGUGCUCGCGCGACGCGCAGGACGGCUUCAGCUCCACCUUCGAGCGCAUCGUGGAGUCGGAGCUGCUGAGGGGCGGCACCUGCUACAGCUCGCUGGACUCGCUGGACGUGCUGUCGCUGACCGACGAGACGGACAGCUGCGUGAGCUUCGACGCGCCGCUCACGCCGCUGAUCCAGCAGAGGGCGCUGGUGGGGCCGGAGCCGCCCGAGCUGGAGCUGGAGCCCGUCCAGGAGGGAGAGGGGGAGGAGGGGGAGGGAGAGGAAGGGGAGGAAAGAGGGAUGACAGUGCGGGCCAACGGAGGAGGGGGCGGGAGUCCGCUCCGGACCACCAUUCCGGGAAGCCGCUCGGAAAACGUGCUGAGCCAGCGAGCCAUUCCCAACGGAUUCCACGCAGACACACACAGCAAUGGGGACAGCGCAGGCAUCCCCACCUCCAUGAGUGAUGCCAGCUUGGCAGAUGUGCUCUCAGACUCCGAGUCAGAACUCGGCAGCUUGGAACAGCUUGCCCGCGGGAGCACAGAUACACUCGCCAAUGGUUGCCGUGCCGACUCUGACGCCGCAAAGCGAUUGGCCAAGCGUUUGUAUCACCUGGAGGGAUUCAAACGCUGCGAUGUGGCACGACACUUGGGCAAGAAUAACGACUUCAGCCAGAUGGUGGCGUCGGAGUAUCUAACCUUCUUCGACUUCUCUGACCUGUCACUCGAUCGAGCUCUCAGGAGUUUCCUGAAGGCGUUUCCUCUGAUGGGGGAGACUCAGGAACGGGAGAGGGUGUUAGUGCACUUCUCCAAGAGGUUCUGCCACUGCAACCCUGAUACACUCACUUCUGAAGACGGAGCCCAUACACUGACCUGUGCGCUCAUGCUCCUCAACACAGACCUACAUGGACACAACAUUGGUAAAAAGAUGUCCUGUCAACAGUUCAUCAGCAACCUGGAUGGACUGAAUGACGGCAAAGACUUCCCCAAAGAAGUACUAAAGGUGCUGUACAACUCCAUAAAGAACGAGAAGCUUGAGUGGGCUGUUGAGGAAGAAGAGUUGAGGAAGAGUCUGUCAGAGUUGGUGGAGGAGCAGUGUGAGGGCGGGGCCAGAAGGGGGGUCCGGGUAACGGAUGGGAAUAACCCUUUCAUCGCCAUUCCCCUCUUGGUCAACGCUGUGACCUACAAACACGGGAUACUGACCCGCAAGAGUCAUGCCGACAUGGAUGGCAAACGCACCCCUAGGGGUCGCCGUGGCUGGAAGAAGUUCUACGCUGUGCUGAAGGGGAUGAUUCUCUAUCUGCAGAAGGAUGAGUAUAAGCCAGAUAAGGACCUGUCGGAGGUGGACCUGAAGAAUGCGGUUCGUGUGCACCAUGCCAUGGCCACUCAGGCCACCGACUACAGCAAGAGGCCCAACGUCCUCAAGGUCAAAACGUCCGACUGGAGAGUGUACCUCUUCCAGGCCCCGAGUGAAGAGGAGAUGCUGUCGUGGAUCUUCAGGAUAAACUUGGUCGCUGCACUCUUCUCGGCUCCUGCCUUUCCUGCAGCCAUCGGCUCAAUGAAGAAGUUCUGCAGGCCAAUACUGCCAUCAUCUGGCACCAGACUAAAACAGGAGGAGCAGCUGUGCGCUCAUGAGAACAAGGUGAAGCAGAUCUCUCUGGAGCUGGAGGAACACAGAAGGAGUUUGCCUGAGCUCUCUCCCAAGAGCAGAGAUACGGAGGAGCACCGCCUCAAAGAACACUACCUGGCCUACGAGAGGAGCCGUUAUGAGACAUACUCGUCGCUGCUGCAGGCCAAGCUGCGUCUGGAGACGGACGACCUGGACCGUCUGGAGGUGUGUGUGCUGAGCGGCGAGGCAGCCGCACGGGACGGAAUCAUGCGCAAGACCCAGUCCAGCCCGCACAUCAGCCCUGGACACGGCAUCAAUGGACGGAGCAUGCCACGGACACCCCCUCGGAGCUGAACACACACACACACACACACACACACACAUAGUAUUCAUACACACACAUGCAAGAACAUUUACUCACAAACUUCAUUUUACACACACACACACACACACACACACACACACACACACACACACACACACACAUACACGCACACACACACACACACACAUCCAUCAUCCAUGUUCAAUGCAAGGCAAAUGCCGUUAACAAAUCCCAAACAUAAACACUGUACUACACAGACCGACGUAAAACACACCGACUCCACACUCACAGACACACCCCUCCCUCACACCUGACCUUUAACCUUUGCUCUCUGACCUCUGCGCUUGAGAGGAGGAGUGGAAAAGAGGAGUGGAGGAAAAAAAACAGAACACAAAAAAGCAAAAACAAAACAAAUGUAGCAUAAAUAGCUCCUUAAGUCCCCAGUCCAUGGGCUUAGUGCCACCAUAAGUAUUAUAGCUGUUGUCCUGACAACUGCAGUGUUGCCACCAGGCUUGUGCAAAAUUCCAGAAUUUAAUUGAAACUGGCUCUUAAAUUCCAAUUCAAUUCUUGAAUUUCACUGGCAUUUCAAUUGAGGUAGCAAACAGGAAGCAGAAUUGCAAUUCGAAUUGUGCACAACCCUGGUUGCCACUAGCAUUCCAUUCUGUGCCAAAUGCAACAUAGAAAGAGAAAUCCUCCAAGAGGACGGGACAGAUCGUCAGCAGAGGAACCAUGGGAACCACUACGAUGUCACGUCACAGUGACAUCACGCCUGCAUGACGUCAUAGAUCUGGAACUUUUGGUGGUACUGCUGCCAUCAGAGUGUGGUUUAAUUAGAGAGGGUGGAGUUUAGGAUGUGUGGGGUGGUUUCUUACAAGGGCUCAGCCCAUCUGACAAAGCAACACAAACCAAGACUCACACACAACCACACACACACACACACACACAAAACAUAUACAUACACACACACACACACACUCAAAUACAUACACACACUCACAUACACACUUGUACACAAAUAUACAUACACACACACACAC